AUGGAUUUAAAAUCAAUACUCCCAUCUAGGUUAUACGAAAUUAUUGAUAGAGUAGAAUUAACUAGUAAACAAAUAAUUCUUCUAUCUGUUUGGGACCUCAAAAAACUUACAAAUUUAAAUAAAGACGAUAUACUGAUACUAAAACAUAUAGUUAGUCAGAAUUGUAGUCAAACACCUGUGAAUGGAAAUGAUAUCCCAGAAGAAACUCCAAGAAUACCGACUGGUUGUAAAUCCAUAGAUAAAUUACUGAAUGGGGGUUUUCGUAGGGGUACUUUGACAGAGAUAUUUGGCGAAAGUGGCGCGGGUAAAACACAAAUAGCUAUACAAGCUGCAGCUUUAAGUUAUGCUACUGGCAGUGUGUUUAUAUGUACAGAGGACUUGUUUCCAGUGACGAGAUAUAACCAGAUAUGCGAAUAUUAUUUAAAAAACAAGACAUAUGGGGAAAACGUAUUUAUUGAGCUCUUAACGCACCCGCAAGAGUUAAUAUCCUGUGUAAAAGUAAGGUUACCAAAACUAUUAGACAAUAAUAAAAUAUCCCUUCUCGUUAUUGACUCAAUCGCUGCACCGUUCCGAUGUGAAUAUACGAAUUAUAUACAAAGAGCUGAGGAAUUAAAAGAUAUAGGGGAUUCAUUGAUUAAUUUGGCCCAGAAAUACAAUUUCGCAGUCAUUUGCAUCAAUCAAGUCACUUCUUCCUUUGAUGAAUCUGAUGAUGUUGUACCAUCAUUGGGCCUUGUCUGGUCUAACAUGAUAUCAUACAGGAUCAAAAUUACAAAAACAAAUGAAAUGCUAAAACAUAAUUCUAGGGAGACAAAUGUCCGGAGCUUUACUUUAGUAACAAGUCCAGAAACACCUUCCGAUACAGCAAAAUUUAUAAUAACAGAAAACGGUAUCAAUGAAAUUUGA